UCCAGUUCAGUCUGCCGCCUGCGUGAUCCCCGAUCCACCAGCAAAGUUGCCCCCCCGGCUGAAACAAUCGGCGCCAACCGUGGCUGCCGCUAAGCAUGAGGGAUGGUGCCAAAUUGGGAUCCGAUUCCGCGCUAAGGUGGAUUGAACUGGAAUUCCCUUUUUUAGCUGAUUACCUAAUUUUUGGUUCCUGGCCCGUGCACUUUUCGACUUCUUCCUUCCUCUCUCAGGCUCAGGCUCAGGCUCAGGCUCUCCUCAUCCAUGUUUCAAUCGGGCCAUCACGUGUUCUCCACUGCACCGCCCGAUCGUUCGUCGUUCGUCGUUCGUCCCUCGUCCUGCUGCUGCUGCUGCUGUUGCCGCUGCUACUACUGCUGCUGUGUCAAUUGGUCUUUUCAACCCGCUCUUUUUGAGUUCUGUCUCAUCUUUCACCUCUCAUUCCUCCAUUCAUCUAUUCUCUUUUCUCUUCUUUCCUUUUUUCCUUUGUUUUCGUCUGGUUUUCCCUUUCUCUUCCUCCAUAGCU